UUUUUUUUGUCUAUUGCCCUCGAGAUAAAAAAAAAAAAAAAAUACACUUCAUUCAACGAAUUCGUCUAUGUGUGUAUAAUAAAUUAUGAUGUCAAUAUUAAAAGAAAGGCAUUUAUUUUAUGACAACAUAUGGACAACGCAAACGCCUUUAUUUUUCAUACCAACUAUUCUUUUUAUAUUUGUCAGCGUUAUUGGUUUAUUCAGAUACAACCAAACAAGGCAUGUACCAUGGAAAGACGUCUUUAGUCCUCUUGUUUCACCCCAAGAACGACUUUCACCUCUGUCAAAAUUAAUUGUUUAUUUAGCAGCAACUGUCACUUUCUCUUUCUUGUUGGAUAGUUUUAUAUUAUUAGCCAGAGUUAUGUUUGACAGUCAUUUGGCAAUAAUGACCAUGUAUUAUAUUGGAAUAGCUUGGCUUACAUGGGUUAUUGCCUUAAUUUGCUUAAUGGAUGAAUCCCAUAAGUUUUCAAGAUGGUAUUGGUCACAAUAUCUUUUCUUUUUAUUAGCUGCCUUUGGUGAGACUAUAAUAGGUUGGUUAUGGCUUAUGAAUAUUUAUAAACCAAAACCAGGUACUGUAUUUACUAUGUAUGAUCGCUUUGCAUUUGCUAUUUUUUGCAUUCGUUAUAUAUUGGAAGUAUCAAUUGCUGUAUUAUCGAUGAUUCAAUUGAUAAAUACAAAGCGUCAUAUUAAAUCGAGAAAUGCAACAGAGUCUUCACCAUUGCUUAAUUCUACUGCUAAUUAUGGUACGACACAUCAAGAGGAGGAGGCUAUUGAUACUAAAAAGGAUAAGAAGGGUGGCUUCCAGAACUUUUGGAAGAAGCUAAAAAAAGUCAUGCCCUUUAUUUGGCCCCACAAAAAUUAUAAAUUACAAAACCUUGUCGUCAUCUGUUUCUUGCUUAUGUUAUUUGGAUUGAUGGUCAAUGUUUGGACCCCCUUGCAAAUUGGUCGUGUCGUUGAUCAAUUCAGUAGGGAACCUGAAACAUUUGCAUGGCUUGCUGUGUGUGCCUAUGUCGGGUUCAAAUUCCUGCAGGGUGGAUCAGGCCUCGUACAGGCUGUUCAGAAUUGGUUAUGGAUUCCUGUAGGUCAAUUUACAACACGUGAAAUAUCUGUAAAAUUAUUUGCUCAUCUCCAUAAUUUGUCAUUGCAUUAUCAUAUUAACCGUAAAACGGGUGAAGUAUUACGAGUUGUUGAUCGUGGCACUAACAGUGUUGUUCAGCUCUUAUCUCAAAUCGUCUUUCAAAUGUUUCCUGCUUUAGCAAACAUUUUAAUUGCUGUCGUUGUAUUCUCAAUUCAGUUUUCAAUUCCAUUUGGUUUUAUCGUCUUUGUCACAAUGUCCCUCUAUCUCUACACAACCAUUCGAAUGACAGAAUGGCGUACUGGAUUCAGACGUAAAAUGAUUGAAUUAGAUAACUUUGCACGAACGAAGGCGGUUGACUCUCUUUUGAAUUUUGAAACUGUCAAAUACUACAAUGCUGAAGAAUUUGAAGUGACACGGUACGAUAAUGCAAUCGUGGCCUACCAAAAGGCGGACUACAUCAACUCUGUCUCACUUAAUGUUCUCAACUUGACUCAAAAUGCAGUCAUCACUGCCGGUCUCUUGGCAGGUUCGCUCUUGUUUGCCUGGGAGGUCUAUCAAGAUCGUCUCACACCUGGUGACUUUGUCUCAUUCAAUGUUUAUAUGAUGCAACUUUACACUCCCUUGCAUUUCUUUGGUACCUAUUAUCGUAUGAUUCAACAAAACUUUAUUGAUAUGGAAAAGAUGUUUGAUUUAUUUGAAGUUGAAGAAACAGUCAAGGAUGCACCUGAUGCGGGUGAACUGGUGGUUACUGAAGGUCAUGUCAAAUUUGAUCAUGUUUCCUUUUCUUAUGAUAACCGACAAACUGCCUUGAAUAGUAUUUCCUUUGAAAUCCCACAGGGUAAAACGGUAGCCUUAGUAGGGCCCUCAGGCGGUGGUAAAUCUACUAUCCUUCGUCUCUUAUUCCGAUUUUAUGAUCCAGCUUCAGGUCAUGUUUAUAUUGAUGGACAAGACAUUGCAUCUGUGAAACAAACAUCGUUGCGACAAAACAUCGGUGUUGUCCCUCAAGACACAGUUUUAUUCAACGAUACCAUCAUGUAUAAUAUCCGAUAUGGACGUGUAGAUGCCUCAGAUGAGGAUGUCUAUCGUGCUGCUAAGGCUGCUCAAAUUCAUGAUAAAAUCUUGUCCUUCCCUGAAGGCUAUGAUACAAAAGUAGGUGAACGUGGUUUGCGUUUAAGUGGUGGUGAAAAGCAGCGUGUUGCCAUUGCUCGUACUAUUCUCAAGGAUCCUGCUAUUAUUCUGUUGGAUGAGGCAACCAGUGCAUUAGAUACCACGACCGAACGUCAUAUUCAAGAGGCCCUAUCAGAAAUGACAAAGGGUCGUACAACACUUGUGAUUGCGCAUCGAUUAUCAACUAUUGUCAAUGCUGAUUUGAUUCUAGUGAUCAAAGAUGGACAAGUGAUGGAGUCUGGAAACCAUGAGUCAUUAAUUCACGGAGCAUUAAAUGGUGAGAACAAAGGAAUCUAUUAUGAAAUGUGGCAAAAGCAACUGGAAGAUCCUCAUGAAGGCAGUGCUACAACUGUGGGUACUGCAAACAGCGGAACUAUAACACCCAAGAUCAAUGUGAUACCUCCUAAGCCUGCGUUAACAGAAGAACCUACUAGUUUAUUAAAUGAAGAAGAAACAAAUAAAAAGCAAGUUGUAAAGACAGAUGCUAUUCAAACAAAGAUAGUCUCUGAAGAAGAAAAAAAGAAUGAGAAUCAAACUAAUGAAGACCAAGACAAAAAGGAUAAUGAAGAGAAUGAAAACGUAGGCAGUAGUAGUGAUGUAAAUCAAAAAGAAAUAACCACAACCUCUCCUUUAAUUCAGCCCGCUCCAUCCAUGAGUAAAACACGCCGUAAUAAAAAAAAGAAGAAGAGAAGCAAAAGCACUAAAUAAAUUAGAAUGAUUGGCUGUUGUAAAAUAAGAAUAAAAUAAAAUAAAUAAAAUAAAAUAAAUGGCUAAAUGUAUUUUUUUUUUUUUUU